AUGGGUAAAAAAAAAUCAAAUGCAGCUAGUGCGGCUCCGUUGAUGGAGUCGUCAGUGGCUCCAAUUGUUGAAAUUUACUACCAGGACCCAUUGUUCACAAUGGCUGCUCACCCUACGAGACCUAUAAUCAUAUCGGGAUUGGGAACAGGAUACUUGUAUUGCAACACGUACGAUGUGGCCGAGCUAGAGGAAUACCUGGAGAAACGAAGACAAGAAGUGAUUGAAAUUGAUAAACGUGCUUAUGCGGCGGGCACGAUCCCCCAUAUCACAACUUCUGUUUCUCAGCUGAAGACCCAUUGGUGGAAAUACAUUGGCUAUAAAGACAUCCACAAUACUGGUUCUUAUAUCAAGAAUAAUUGGCAAACGAAAAGACACAAGGGAUCUUGCAGACAUGCCAUUUUCGACCCUAGAAGCAACUCAUCGGGGGAAUUUGUGUAUUCAUGUGGUACGGACAAUAUCAUUAAAAAGGCAACCACUGAACUGGGAAAAGUAGUUGGCAAGGUUGAUGUUACUUCUGAUUAUACUGACCCAAAGGAUAAGCUAACUAAAUUGUGUCAUUCAACAACACAUCCUUUUUUACUUUCUGGUACUGAAGAUGGACAUGUAUUAGUUUAUGACUCCUCCAAUUUAUCCUCAAACAAGCUAAAGUUUAAAGUGAACCAAGUACAUGAUGAUGCUAUCAAUCAAAUCUUGACAAUGCCACAAUCACCGUAUCACUACCUCACCCUUGGAUCAACCACCUUGUCACACAUUGAUAUUAGAAAGGGAAUAAUUACUCAAUCCGAUGACCAAGAAGACGAAUUGUUGGCCAUGUCAUACACAACUGAUGAGUUAAGUGAGGGAAAGGGAGACACUGUAUUGGUUGGCCACGGAGAAGGUUUAGUUACAAUUUGGAAAAAUUCCAAAAACAAGCUUAUGGAUCAAUUAUCGCGAAUCAAAAUCAACAAGCAAGCUUCAAUUGAUGCAAUUAUACCUACGAUGAAUAACGAUUCCGAAGAGAUGGCGCAAUCAGUCUGGUGUGGAGAUAGUGAUGGUUUGCUUCAUCGAAUCAAUUAUAAACGUGGCAAGAUUGUUGAGACGCGUGUACACUCUGCCUCAUGGAAAUCCGAUCUUGACGAAGUUGGGAUCUUGGAUAUUGAUUAUGAGUAUAGAUUGAUUAGUGCUGGAAUGGAAAGAUUGAAAAUAUGGUCCAAUAAGGAGGUUGAUGAUGUUGAAGACGAGGGUAACGAAGACGAAAGUGGGGAUCACGAUAGUGAUGAUGAUCCUGGUGCAUCUGCUAGUGAUAUUGCAAGUGAGGAGACCUCUGAUCUGGAUUUGGGAAGCGAAGAUGAUGCUCAAGAGGAAGAAAAUAGUGAUGAUGACGAAGUAGAGGAAAUGAAGUCUCAGAGUGAGGAUGAAGACAAUACUCAAGUUGAGGAUGUACCUCCUGCCUACAAACGCAAGAGAAGGGAUUUCACAGAAACUAUCACUAAACCAAAGAGCAAACGCAUUGACAUCAAUAAACUCACCAAACUGGGUAAUGAUGAAAAUGACGCACCACCAGAGGAACCUCAACUGAAGAAACAAAAAAAGAAAGACGGCAGGUUGACUGCCAAACAAUUGAGGAAUAUGCAGACACGUGAACAUGGUAUUAAAAAGUUUGAAGAUUUAUAG